AACCAAAUGUCAAUUUUUAAAUAAAUUUACUUAUUUAUUUAUAAAUAUUUAAAUAUCAUAACAAAAAAUAGGUCAAUCACAGCAAUAGUUUUUCAAUUAAAACCGUAAAUAAUUCUCUAAUUGUAUUUAGCAAAGUACAUAAAUGAUGUCAUUGCAACCAAGACAAGUGAAUUUCGAUGAAACAUGGACCGAAAUAAAAGAAACUGUAAAGGAGGUCAUAACCUUAGGUGUUGUAAAGAGAGACGUGUGGAACAAUCGUUUUGGCGAUGUAUACGCAAUAUGUGUAGCUUAUCCACAACCGUUAGCCGAUAAAUUGUAUACUGAAACAAAGACCUUUCUUGAAAAUCAUGUGCAAAAUUUAUUGAAAACAAAAGUUGCGACAACCAUACGUUCGUCAGAUGGAGGCGAUUCUGCAGAUAGUUUGCUCUUUAGAUACUUUCGCGCAUGGAAUGAGUAUAGUAAAGGUAUUGAAUAUCUUAAUUAUUUAUACAUGUAUCUAAAUCAACAACAUAUUAAAAAACAAAAACUAUCGGAUGCUGAAUUGGUGUAUGGGAGCCAGACGGAUACUCAAGACCAAAUGGAAAUAGGAGAAUUGGGACUUGAUAUUUGGAAAACGUAUAUGAUUGAUUCACUGAAAGAAGAUCUCGUGACACAAAUACUUGAAGUAAUUUUAAAAGAUCGUACAACAAAUGAAGUAGAUUCAAAAACUGUCACCGUUGUUCAUGAUGUUAUCCAAAGUUUCGUGUUGGUUGAGGACUACAAGAAAAAGGGCAACCUGAAUUUAUAUCACGAUAUUUUUGAGACAGCAAUUUUAGAAGCAAGUGCUACUUUUUACCAAUCAGAAGCUUCGAAAUUAUUACAAAGCUGCACAGUAAGCCAAUAUAUGGAAGAAGUAAUAAAACAACUUGAUGAAGAAAGUAGACGUGCAGCAAAGUUUUUGCACACUAGUUCUAUUCCCAAGUUACGCAAAGUUUUUGAAGACAAUAUGAUUACAAAUCAUUUAGAUUUCUUAUAUUCGGAAAAUUUUGUCGCAAACGAACGUAAGAACGACAUGAAACACUUGUACAUUUUGUUGAAACCCAUUCAAGAUGCGCUUAAAAAUUUGAUUCAUACGUUUUUGGAUCAUAUAAAAAAUGAGGGUAUUGAAAUAGUAUCGACAAUGAAGGGAGACUCAAUUCAUGUCCAAUUUGUAGAAAACAUGUUACAAGUGCAUCAAAAAUAUGAAAAACUAAUAUUUGAUAUUUUUAACAAUGAUCCCAUGUUUUUGAGUGCCCUUGACAAAGCUUGUGCCAGUGUUAUCAAUAAGAGAAUCAGUGAUAAACAGCCAUGUCGAAGUGCUGAGCUUGUGGCAAAGUAUUGCGAUAGUCUCUUAAAGAAAUCAAAAUCCACCGAAGGUGAAAUCGAUACAAAAUUAGCACAAAGUGUUACAAUAUUUAAAUACGUAGAAGAUAAAGAUAUUUUUCAAAAGUUUUAUAGUCGAAUGCUGGCCAAACGCCUUAUUCACGAACAAUCUCAAAGUAUGGAUGCCGAAGAAACAAUGAUAAAUCGAUUAAAACAGGCUUGCGGCUAUGAAUUCACCAGCAAAUUGCACAGAAUGUUUACCGAUAUAUCCGUUAGUUGUGAUCUAAAUACAAAAUUCAUUGACUACCUAAAACAAAAUGAUAAUACCCAACUGGGCAUCAAUUUAUCCAUUAAAAUUCUCCAGCAAGGAGCAUGGCCAUUGGGACCAUCUCAAACGGCAAUACCGUUCUCUGUGCCACAAGAAUUUGAGAAAGCCAUUAAUUUGUUCGAAAAGUUCUACAACAAUAGUUUUAGUGGACGCAAGUUGACCUGGUUGCAUCAUCUUUGUCAUAGUGAAUUAAAACUAUCAUACUUAAAAAAGUCCUAUAUUAUAACAAUGCAAACGUAUCAAAUGGCAAUGUUACUCUUAUUUGAAAAUUGUGACUCUCUGACAUGUAAGGAAAUUCGGGAUUCUCUUCAAUUAAAUAUGGAAACUUUUCACAAGCAUAUUCAAAGCUUAAUAGAGUCUAAAUUGUUGCUAGUAAACUCUGAAAAACUUGAUGAUUUAACUGAAGUAAAGCUUAAUUUGGAUUAUUCGAAUAAACGAACAAAAUUUAAGAUCACAGCAGCUUUGCAGAAAGAAACUCAACAAGAAGUGGAACAUACCAUAACUGCUGUCGACGAAGACAGAAAAUUAUAUUUGCAAGCGGCUAUUGUUCGUAUUAUGAAAUCAAGAAAAGUUUUACGCCACAAUCAAUUAAUUCAAGAAAUUCUUUCACAUACAAAAGUUAGCUUUGCCCCUAGUAUCACGAUGAUCAAAAAAUGCAUCGAGUCAUUGAUUGACAAACAAUAUAUUGAAAGAACAGCCAAUUCUGGUGACGAAUACAGCUAUGUAGCAUAGUUUAUUUUAAUUUGUCUCUCAGAUACAAUUUCGCAAUCUAUUAAAAUAAUGAAUGAAAAAGAAAAUAACAAUCAGUAAAGUCAGCAUAGAUUCAAAAAUCCAUAAUCUUUUCUGUGUUAAUAAUGGUGUUUGUAAAUAUUUAGGUUUUGUUUUUCAAAGUUUGUUAUGGUUUAUUUAUGUACUAUUAUAAAAAUCUAAGCCAUAAAUAACAAUAUAUGUACUUUUUUUUAUUUUCCUAUUCGACAUCUCCGCGUACCUAUUUUUUGAAAACAUCUUUGAUAUUGAUACUUCCAACUUGCUCUUUUGUUUCCGAGUUCUCUUGUAUCAUUGCAUUGGAAAAUCUGGUUGAUAAGCUGGGAACAUCUAAUUCAUUUCCCUUGUUUGUCUCGCCUUUUUCGAGUCGUUGUUGUUGGAAUAUUUCAAUAGAAGUUUCAAAGAUUUUAUGCUCAGAUAAAGCACCUUGACUUUCAAAUUUUUUGUAAA